AUGCUCUCCGCAGGAGAACGACCACAGCCUCCCCAAGCUCCCGCCAUAGUAGAUUCCACCGCAAGCAAGGCGCGCAUCAUGCCGGACCUCGCCAACGGCACCAACGGAACCAACGGAGUGACGUCCACUACGCCCUCCAAACCCGCGAAACAGCAACAUAUCUGGGUCGUGACCGGUCCAGCAGGGUGCGGAAAAAGCACCGUGGGCAACGUCCUACGCAAGGAGCUUGGUAUUCCAUUUCUAGAAGGCGACGACUACCACCCCGCAGCCAACAAAGAAAAAAUGGGCGAAGGCAUCCCACUCACAGACGAAGACCGCUGGGACUGGCUGAUCUCCCUGCGCCAAGCCGCAAUCGACGUGCUCUCCCCUUCGAAAGCCAACAACUUCCACCCACCCGACGGCGUGGUAGUAGCGUGCUCCGCGCUGAAGCAGAAGUACCGGGAUGUGAUGCGCGUUGCUGCGUACGGCUCGCCCUCGGUGCAUAUUCACUUCAUCUACCUCAAGCUCAAGGAGGAUGUGCUGAUGGAGCGCGUCGCCCAUCGCGAAUCACACUACAUGAAGAGUGGUAUGGUACACUCGCAGCUGGCGGUUCUUGAGGAGCCCAAGGACGAGUGGGAUGCUAUUACUAUCAAUGUUGAGGGCACGAUGGAGGAGGUGCAGCAGAAUGUUAUUCAUGCUGUUACUGAUAAGCUUGCUGAGUAUAAAUGA